GAAGGGAACAAACAUCCAAUGACUUUGUCAUAAACAGACCUGAAUUGGAGACAGCUCAGACAGGGAGAUAGAAGCCCAAGCCUAUGAACGGAGGUGCUGAGUUCAUUAGACCUAAGGCCCAACAAAAUCUCCAAAAAGUAGGCCCAAGAAAGGAUACAGCCCAUGAGCCCAUGAUACACAUUCGAAAGAAGCCCACCAGUAACGCUCCCAGGCCGACCCAGCUCGGUUCGCACGCCACGGACGCGCGACCCCCGCCGCGCCGGCGCCGCCUCGGCCUCGCGACGGCUUCCGCUCGCCUGCGCCGGCGGCGAGCGGGAAGAGCUUGCCGCCUGGGCGCCGGGUGGCUGGCUGGCCUCCUCCUCCUCCAGGGCCAGAUCUGCGGACCGGAACGGCGUGGUGCACCACGGGCUCGGGUGCUUGGUGGUGGCAUGUACGCCGCUCACAGGCAUCGCCACGAGAGGGGUGCCCAUGCCCACGGCGGCGGCGGCGGAGGAGGAGGAGGAGGAGGAGCUAAGGAGCGGCGCGGUACGUCGCCGGUGCUGUUCUGCUUUGUAGCCGCUGCUGUCCUCGUCGGAAAUGCCUGCCACGGGCUGUUCCCGCAGAAGAAGGUAUCAAGCCAUGGAUUUAAUUGGAUAAUGUCGUUGACGCCCAAACCUCAAGGUGUUAAGUAUGAGCUGCACACGCUCCCCUUUCUUCAGGUGGAUUCUAAGGCUGUAACUGACGGCGACACGAUUACUGUUCACGUUGUCACAGCUGAUCACCCGGGGUCUUUGAAUGUGCCCCAGGAAGUUCAGAGAACAGCGGCUGACCGUGCCGAAGCACUGAUGACCAAGAAUUAUCAGAGGGCUGAUGAAUUGCAGAAGAUCAUACUUGAUGCAGGGUUUAGGCAAGUUACUGACUCAAGAGGUGGACAGGUUCUCAUGAAGAAAUACCGGAUUAGGCUAAGAGGCAUCGAUGCACCAGAGACCUCAAUGCCUUAUGGCAGAGAAGCAAAGGAGGAGCUAACAAUGCUGGUGCAGGGAAAGAGACUGAAGAUUUCUGUGUAUGGCAAUGACCGGUACAGUCGAUUAGUUGGAGAUGUCGAUUGCAAUGGGGUAUUCGUGCAGGAACACAUGCUGAAGAAAGGGCUUGCAUGGCACUACAUUGCCUAUGAUCAACGACCGGAGCUUGCCAGGUGGGAGAAUCAGGCAAAAGCGAGUCAAAUUGGUUUAUGGUCUUUGCCGAACCCUGACAAACCAUGGGAAUGGAGGAAGGAGAAGCGCAUCAGGAAUUCAAGACAGGGUAAAAUCAGCCGUGGAUUUCAGUUGAUUUAGGCCCUGUUUGGCACAGCUCCAGCUCCAGCUCCACCCCUCCUGGAGCUGGAGCUCAGCCAAACAGUUUCAGCUCCACCAAAACUGGGAGUGGAGUUGGGUGGAGCUCUCUCACAAAAUGUACUAGAGUUGUGGAGCUGGGUUUAGGCAGCUCCACAACUCCACUCCAAACUCAACUCCUGGAGUUAUAUUUAGGAGUUGGAGUUAUACCAAACAGGCCCUUACUCUGCAAUCUUCUAGCCCAGAGGCCAGAGCAAUGGUUCUGUAGAAUCUGUAGCUUGUGCCGUGUAUACCUGAAAAUUUUACUAGCUGUUGUAAGGCAAAUUAGCAGUGUUGAUUGAGUGUAACUUGUAAGUUGUAAGCUCCGACUUGGGAUGAGGAUUUGUUGCAUUCGACUGUUGUAAUUCCUGUAACAUGGGACUUGACUGGUCGUUAUAAACCUGUAAUGGAUAUCGUGUUGAUUAAACCAAAGGCAUAUGAUUAAGUGAGGAAGUGUCAAACAUGAGCCAAGCAA